AUGGUACUCAACCAACUGACUGUCUUCUUCAUCAUCAUCUAUGUGCUCGAGUCCGUGACCAUAAUUGCACAAAGCAGCUUCAUGGUUGCAGUGCUGGGCAGAGAGUGGGUACAGGUCAAAAGAUUGCCAUCUGUGGAAAUGAUCCUCACCAGCCUGGGCAUCUGCCAUUUCUGUCUACAGUGGGCAUCAGUGUUGUACAAUUUUGGCUCCUAUUUUAACCCUAAUUAUGUAUUUUGGAACAUAGCAAUUAUCUGGGAGUUCACUAACAUUCUUACAUUCUGGAUAACCAGCUUGCUUGCUGCUUUCUACUGUGUGAAGAUCUCUUCAUUCACCCAUCCCAUCUUCCUCUGGCUGAGGUGGAGAAUUUUGAGAUUGGUUCCCUGGUUGUUGCUGGGUACUCUGAUGAUUUCCUUUGUGACAAUCAUCCCUUCAGCUAUUAGAAUUCACAUCCUGAUGCAAUUAGUCACCAUGGGACAUUUACCCAGAAACAGCACUUUGGUUGGGAGACUUAACAUGUUUGAGCAGUAUUUUUUCAGGCCUCAAACAUUGUAUAUGUUGCUUAUUCCCUUCAUCCUGUUCUUGGCCUCAACAGUCUUACUUAUGGCCUCGUUGAUCCAGCACAGGGAACAGAUGCAACGACACAACUCUGGUCACUGUAACUCGAGCUUGCGAGCUCACUCUGCUGCCCUGAGGUCUCUUGCUACCUUCUUCAUCUUGUUCACCUCUUAUUUUCUGAUCAUAUCAAUCCACCUUAUAAGUGAAGUAUUUGAUAAGAGAUCUUGGUACUGGCUCUGGGAAGCCAUCAUCUAUGCUAUAGUUUCUAUUCAUUCCACUUCACUGAUAUUGAGCAGCCCUACACUGAAAAAGAUCCUAAAGAUGAAGCCCUGGGACCCAGAAGCUGCCUGA